AUGGACUUCAGCCUGACUGCUGCCGUCUGCACGGUGAUCAUCACAACAUGCAUGGUCAGUUCAACACAUCCAGAUUGUUCCAUCGUUCUUCAUCUGCUGAAGAAAGAAAAUGAGUGUAAAGUCCAAAUGGAGACAGACGCUGCAUCACUCAGUUCAAGCAGUAAUAAAACUGCAGGUUGUGUGGUGGAGUGGGAUGGAGUGAGCUGCUGGCCGGCUGCGUCUGAAGAUGAGGUCGUCUCUGUCCACUGUCCCCUGCCGCUGAUGAAACCUGAAACUCCUCCAGUUCUCAUCAGCAGGAAGUGCACAGUCCGAGGGUGGAGCAAACCAAACCUGCCGUAUUACAAAGCCUGUUACUCUGACGCUUAUGAGCAGGAUGAAGACGUGAGGAAAGAGAAAAAUUACUUUGAGACUGUGAAGCUGAUCUACAGCGUUGGUUACGGUGUCUCUCUGGCUGCUCUCCUCAUCGCCGCUCUGCUCUUCUGCUGCCUCAGGAAGCUGCUCUGCGCUCGCAACUACAUCCACCUCAACCUGUUCGUCUCCUUCAUGCUCAGGAGUCUCGCCGUGUUCAUCAAGGAUGACGUGUUGUUUGCAGACGAAAGCACGGACCACUGCACGGUGUCCACACUCCGGUGUCAAGCAGCAGUGACGUUCUUCCACUUCUGCGUUGUGUCUAACUUCUGGUGGCUGCUGGUGGAGGCUCUGUACCUGCAGACUGUGCUGCUGCUCGUCUUCACUCAGACCAGGAAGCUGCUCUGGAUCUACGCCGUCAUCGGCUGGGGUGCUCCCACGGUCACUGUUGUGAUCUGGGCUCUGCUGAAAAAACAGCUCGAGGAUGAGGGCUGCUGGGACGACCUGGAGAGCCGUCUGUGGUGGAUAAUAAAGAUUCCCAUCCUGCUCUCCAUCUGUUUCAACUUCCUGAUCUUCCUGAACAUCAGCAGGAUCAUCGUUCAGAAGACCAAGGCCACACAUGUGAAUCCAAGUGAGACACAUCUGUACAGGAGGCUCCGUCGCUCCACCCUCCUCCUCAUCCCUCUGUUUGGGCUUCACUACGUGCUGUUUGCCCUGUUCCCGGAUCAUGUUGGUGUGGGACCCCGACUCUACCUGGAGUUAGUUUUAGGCUCCUUCCAGGGUUUUAUUGUUGCUGUGUUGUACUGUUUCCUGAACGGAGAGGAGACGUGA